UCCUGCCACUUUGGGAAGAAAUUGCGGGCAGCGGCACGGCGGACUUUGGGUACGAAACGGGGCCCCAACGAGCCAAUGAGAGGCCUCAUAGCUCUGCUUAAGAGGUGUACAGUAUCGUGGGACGUUGGCUGCAGACUUACAGUCCAAACUGUGCCCUGUGAGCAUGCGUAUGACAACAGAGGAGACAUGUAGAGCAGAAGGCUGAGGCUCUGGGUACCACAAUCCUCACUGCACCUGACAAUUAGUUCAUUGUCUGCUCUAAGAAGAUGACCUCCUCCUCGCCACCCUGCUCUCGCAGCUCUUCCCCUCACAAAGUUUGCCACUCCCAGACACAAACCGAUGUUCUGAAGCCGCUGUUGGGCGGUGGAUCUUCUGCCGGGGCUGGGGUUCUGAAGAAGAGGAGGCGCAUCCUGUCUAAAGAUGGGCGCAGCAAUAUGCGCAUUGAGCACAUCAGUGGAAGGAACGCCCUCUACAUGCGUGACCCCUGGACAACUUUUCUUGAAAUGCCAUGGCGCUACAAGUUCUUCCUGUUCACAGCAACCUUUGCGGGGACUUGGUUUCUUUUCGGGGUAGUGUGGUACCUGUUGGCUUUGCUGCACGGAGAUCUGCUGGAGUUUGGUCCGCCAUCCAACCAUACACCCUGUGUGAUGCAGGUGCAGACCCUCACAGCUGCCUUCCUCUUCUCUUUGGAGUCGCAGACCACCAUUGGUUAUGGUUUCCGAUGCAUAACAGAGGAAUGUCCAGUCGCUAUAAUCCUCCUCAUCCUCCAGCUGGUCAUCACCAUGCUCAUGGAAAUCUUCAUCACUGGCACCUUUCUGGCCAAGAUUGCGAGGCCGAAGAAGCGAAGUGAGACGGUGAAGUUUAGCCAGCAUGCUGUUGUAUCGACUCAUGAAGGCCAACCCUGCCUGAUGAUCAGAGUCGCCAAUAUGCGUAAGAGUCUCCUUCUUGGUUGUCAGGUAACAGGAAAACUUCUGCAGACGUCACUGACAAAGGAAGGUGAAACAGUUCGUAUGGAUCAGAGAAACGUUCCUUUUCAAGUAGACACUUCCAGCGACAGUCCCUUCCUCAUCCUUCCACUCACCUUUUACCACAUCAUCGAUGACAACAGCCCUUUGAGAGCCUGGGCUGCCAAGGGUGGUGGCUGGACAGAUCCAGAGCUUGCAGACUUUGAACUGCUGGUGAUCAUGAGUGCUACAAUAGAACCAACCUCUGCCACCUGCCAGGUCCGCACCUCCUACCUGCCAGAUGAGAUCCUCUGGGGUUACGAGUUUCCCCCAGUAGUCUCUCUCUCUAAGUCAGGCAAAUAUGUAGCAGACUUUGCCUUCUUUGACAAAGUAGCAAAGACCAAGACAACGCCCAUCUUCAAGCUGUCUAGUUCAGAACGAGGAUACCAGAGCAACGGAGGCGGGCCUGUGCCUGACUUAACAGACCCGGAGAAGAUUCGUCUGGAGCAGAGCUACAGGGAGCAGCGAGGCGAAGACAGAGGCCGAGUCAGAGAUCCUUUAAGUGUUCGCAUCAGCAAUGUAUGAAGUUUCUAAACAUAGAACAUUUUGUGGUCACAUGAGAGCUGAAAGCACAUAAGUCUAAUAUGACAAAGACUGCUUUGAAUGAAGUAUGGUAUGGUAGUUUGUGAACAAUUGUUUGCUAAAGUUGCUGUCACUCAUGACUAUAAAGAGGAAGGAAAUUAUUUGCAACAUGUUACGACAGUUCUGUUUGUUUCACGAGAAGUUGGACUGAAGUCUGUAAAACCUAAACAGUUCUACUUGCAUAAGGACAGAGAAUCGUACUGUUUACCGUAGUCUAAUCACUGACAUUGUAUUGUCUUUUUCAUACUUAGUGGGAGUCUGACCCUCUUGGGUUGAAGGGCAAUAAUUCAUAUCACAAUAAUGUUAGUUGAGCUAAUCAGAAAAUGGAUCCCACUCUUCUGCCCUGUCAGUCUGUCCAAGCAAUCAAUUCCAGCAGUGAAUAAUAAUUCCUGCAGUCAGAGAAGUUCCAUGGCAUAGCAUGACAUUAAGUCACAACAUCAAGCAAACCCUUUUAAAACUUUCCACUUUUCCUAAAAUAUCUAUACUGUUUAAUUCAAAUAAUACAAUCAUAAAGACAAUAUUCAAAAAGCAAGAAAACUGCAAAAACUAGUUGCAUAAAUGUGCACUACCCUGCACUCUUUGUUAUAACUCCUUUAUACCUUUUUCCUGUCUGAUACCUUAUCUAGUUGUGCACAUUUAUGCAACUAUUUUUCUUCAUUUCCUUUUUUUUUUUUAGCAAAAUAAAAGAGGAUAUUUUACAAAAAAAAUAAGAAUUUAUUUAUCUUGUUAAAUGUUUUAUUAGACACAAAAACCUGGCUUGUUACAAUGGGGAAAAUACUUUUGAAUGUUUAUUCCCCUUUAAAACACAAUUCUUUGAAUCAUAUGGCAAAGCGUCAUCACAUGAAGGUGAUGAAGAAGUCAUGAGCAGAGUGACGCAUAGUCUAAAUACCUCUUUGAAACAAAGAUAAAAAAGUCAGGACCUUAUUCUGGUUUCAAUGGGUGUUUCCCAGUUCACUCACUCAUCCAAAUGUAAGAUGAUCUGAGUGUUUACUUUAUAUCAUUUGAAAAACAGGAGAAGAGGCAAACAAGGUGUCGAUAAAACACUAGCUAAUUUCAUAUUAGUUUGUGUUUCCCCUCUAAAGUGUAGGUAAAUGUGUGGUAAAAUUAAAGAUGCGUUACUAAUCAUAAGAGGAAAACUGCUUAAGAUGAAGCCAACAAUGUUCUGUUGAACGCACGUACAGAAAGUCAUAUGACUUUAUGUUUAGCUUCAUAUAUGGGGAAAAAUAGCACCUAGUUCACAAGUCUCACCCUCAACUUCCUCCCAAGCAUCUGAUCACAAUUUAAAAAUUUCCUGUUAAACACUAUGAAGUGGAAACUACUGCAUAAUCUUCUAUCUCAAUCUGUAGAGUUUCUCAACAUGCAUUGCAUAAUGUAUUGUUUAGUGUUGUAUGAAAUUCCUUUGUUGCACUAGAAGUAUGCAUCUAUUGAAGUACAUAGUUUAGCUGUUAGCUGUUAGUCUACAGUUUUUUAAACCUCAUUCAAGAAAAAAUACUAAUCUAUUACAAGUGAAAACUCUCUAUAUUUAAAACAACUGACUUUGAUAAAGAUUACUUAUAUGAAAAGAAAUCUCAGAAAAACAGCCUAAUGACAUUGGCCAAGUGGACAAACGCCAGGAAAUGUAAAUACUCAUGUGCUGAUACACAUAUGUGCCUUUAACAGUAAAGAAAAUAUGAUAUCUUUUGUAAGAGUUAGAGGCAACAAGUUCAGCAAAAUAAUUUGGAAAUUACUCUGUGAUUUGAUAAAAAAAAAAAAAAAACACAGCUCAUCAAUUUUCAUCUUAUCAAAGCACCCAAUGGUCAGCAUAUACAUGUAAACCUGUUAGUGGUUAAACAAUAAAGGCCGAGACGUAGGAAUGUAAAUAUGAACUUUACAUAUCAAUCAAAGAUGACUGUAAGUGACAUAAGGAGAGGGAAGAAAAAGCUGUUUUUGUAAUUACAGGUAAUGGUUUUGAAUAAAGUAAUUCUUUAAAAACUGAUCCAAUAAAGUGUAUCAUUAAA